CUUUAAAAUAAAUCCCGACUGGGUAUCAAAAUGGAACAACUCUAUGUGUCAAACGAAGCUGUAAGAAUCUUUACCACGCCUGUAUGCAGAAUUAAAAUUGGAUUUUUGUAAUCACUACUGUGAUUACAUGUCGGUGAUGAGUGGGAUUUAAAUUCGGAUAAGCGAGGAGCGACAGCUUAAGUACAUUUUCAUGAAUUUAUAAUCGAUGAUGGAACCCGUGUAAAUGAUGAUGUCAAUGCAAAAUCGAAUCAUACCAUUACGUCACGGAAGUCUUCAUGGAAUCAUUAAAUUACCCAAGCGAUACGAGCAUUGUGUGGAGCAUAUGUCAAAUACUGGCAAGCGAAGGUCGUUGAUUGCGCCUGCACCGAGUGAUGAAAAUGGCGACCGCAUACAAGAUUUGGUGCAGGCGAUAUUGUGGGUGAAACAAGAGUUGAUACUGCUACGUCAACACGAUAUCCUAUUGAAGCGCCAGUUCAGCGACAUCCAAGACACGAUCAAAGAUCUACACAGAUCGCGGCGCUACAGAGGUCACGUGACCACCUCAAAUUCCAGUCUCCAAUCCACGGAGAGUUCAGAGUUCGCGUUGGACAACUAUUCCGUCCGAUCAGCGUCCAGCGUUACGGCGCUUGACCAGCCGGACACAGACGAAGAUAUUCACUGCGAGCUUGAAUUCAGACCGCGUACGUCUUCCAUGAAAACAACGCGAGAUCUCGCAGCGCUGGCUCGACGACGUGGCAGCAAAGAGUUGAUAUAAGUUAUAUAAACCAAGCAUAUAUAAUAUCAUGCAUUGCCAUACAUAGUUUUUAAUAGGUUUCAAAAGUAUUAAAAGUAUAGACAACUGUUAAAAACAGUGAAUCCUUAAGAGUCAACGAACAUGUUGAUAUGAUAUAGUGUAAUUACAAAGGAGCAUGCACCUGUACGCAAUGCAGCUUGGCUCCUAUAACUGUUUACUGACUGAGGCAGUUAUCAUUGCGGAAAGUUUCAUUCGACAGCCCACAUUAUCGAAAACGCUACUCGAUCAGUCAAACACAUAAAAACUAAAGGACACUUGAGUGCAAAACGAGGCUGUAAAUUAACGAUUUCGCAAGACUGCUAAGUCGAUGGAUUGCUAUUGCAGAUAUCGUAUGGAUGACGGACACAGCUUUUGGAUCAGAAUUACAGUAAUCUCAAAACAUUUUCGUAUAGUAAAGAAUACUUGAAAUUUGUCAUGAAAUUAUGCGCAGUAAAUAUAGAUUGAAAAUAAACAAAAUUUAACUAAUUAUAUAAACAGUUUUAGGUCUUCUUAAAUGCAUCAAUAGCUAAUACUAUAUUUCAAAUGCAUCAUAAUCUAUACUUGUUUUCAAGACAAUCAACGCAUUGUAAUCGGCUUAAGUAAGAAUAGUUGUUUGUAAAUUAGUGUCAUUGAAACAUAUUUUGGGAAUAUUUUCUAUGGAGAUGACUCGCGUAUGAAUACUCAAUGAGUAAAUAAGUAAAGCAUAUCACAGGGUAAUAAAAAAGAAUAAUAUGUCGAUAAGAUCGGAUGUUCUGUUUAUUUAUUGGUAUACAUGUGUAAACAAGUAAUCAAAGAAAAUGUUUUACACUUUGUUAAUGUAAUUAAACUUAUGUAAAAUAUAUAUCAACAUAUUUGUUUUUAGAAGAAUUAUACAACGCCUAUAGUGCAAAAUAUGGUAGACCUAGUUAACUGAUUGACUUAAGAAGCACUUUUCAGCAAUAAUUGCUCAGGUGCGAGUGCAUUUUAUGUAAGACACAUCACACACAAGUCCUUUAUAAACAUGUACAUACAUAUGAACGGUGGAAUCGUAGACAAGCCGCAUUUAUGACUCAUUUUUUAAACAUGUUCAGAGUGUUAAUCUUUAAAAUAUCAAGGCGUGUUUUAAUGUCAUGUGGGGUCAAAACAAGAUCGCGAUGUCCAUUCUUUAAUAAUUGAUAUAGUAACUGCACUGUAUAUUUGUGCACAGUUGCCCCAAUACGAGAUGCAGAUGUGGUUCCACUGAAUGACAUAAUUAAACAAAUAUGCGAAGACAUAGAUGCUAAAUCUAUUGAACUGUAAACAUCCUUUAUUUAUGGAAAUGGUAACAUGGCUAAACAUUUGUAUGGCAGCGAUGGGAUACUUCUGCAAGCUAAAGGCUGCAGUACGCUAGUGGCUAACAUAAACAAAGCCGUACACAUCAUUAAACAGAAGACAAGCGGGCAACAAGAUCAACAAGCUAAUCGUUAACCCCUCACUCUAGUCAAUCCGGAAGUAAUGGAUACGCUAAUUAUGCUCCUGACCGAGGAAGUUCGACAAAUGGCGAUUCACGUAACUACAAGUUGCAAACCGUAAGUUAUGGCUACACAAAUUAUGCAUCAGGACGUGGCUCGAGGAAUGGCGAUUCACGUGACGGAAGAGGCAGUUUUCAGACAUAAACAGGCAGUUUCGGCUACGAAGGUCAUGCACCAGGUCAAGGCUUGAGAAAUGGCGACUCACGUGACGGGCUAGAUGGCUAUCAGACGCAAACAGGAAGUAACGGUUUCCGCAGUUACGCAUCUGAUCGAGGCUCAAGGAAUGGCGAUUCGCGUGACGGAAGGGAUGGUAAGAAAAAUAAUUUAUAUAGAUAUCAGAACAGUAGUAAUUAUGGACAGCAACAAAGACAUUGUGAGUACUGUCAUUACAAUAAUCACUACACUAGUGAAUGCAGACGAUUGAGUUCGGCUCAGUAGGAACGCGUAGACAGACACAAACAUGUACUGAUACACAACAAAUUUAAAGCACUUAACGAGGUUUUUGAAAAUUGUAAUUUUAAGAUUUGUAUAUGUCAUGAAUCCGAAAUAGUGCUAAUAUAUGGUGAUAUAGACCGUGUCUUUGAUGCCAAUAUUAAAGUGUAUGAUUACUCAGAACAAUGUCAUAAUAUGUCAUGCAAUAAUAAUGAUGUUUCAUUCUCAAUUCCUAUUGCAACUGAAAGAUUAAAUUUUUGCGAGGAUAAAGAUGAUUCAGCAGAGUCUUCCUAUAGAAUUUUCAAAAAGGGACUUCAUAUCGUAAGUUUAAAUAUUCAACACGUUUUGCCAAAACUGGAUGAAAUUAAGUACGUUUUGUUUUCCGAAAAAUGUAAUGUGGAUGUUAUUGGUUUUUGUGAAACAUUUUAAAACGAAAAUUUGUCUGAUGUAAAUUUAAAUAUUCCAAAUUGAACAUACAUUCGUAAAGACAGAAGUCCGAAAAAGGAUGGCGGAAUCUUGCUUUAUAAAGGUAACAAUGUACCAUUUAAACAUAGGCCAGACUUUGAGCCUGAUGGGAUUGAAUCUGUAUGUAUUGAGAUAUGCUUUAAAAACACAAAAUCUUUCUGUUAAAUUUUACCUAUCGUCUAAUGAGACGCAAAAAUGGAUAGAAAAAAUUGAUGCAUUACUUGAUAAGUUUCAGGGUUUACACAUUGAGUGUCACAUGUUAGGGGAUUUCAAUUUUAAAUACAUUGCUGACAGCAAGUCCUAUGAAUGCAAAAUGUGGUCAAAAACUGUAUGAAAGCAUGGCCUCGUGCAACUGAUAAACACACCAACCAGAGUCACAGGUAAAUCGUCUUCAAUAAUUGACCAUAUAUAUACUUAUAGAACUGACAGAGUAAGUACUACUUAUGUCCCACAAAUAUCUAUAAGCGACCACUAUCCGGUAUGCACGACAAGGAAAAUUAACUAUAAAAUAUCCAAAACAAGGCACUCGCUCAAACAUAAGAUAUAGAUGCUUUAACAAGAUUGCAAUAUCUGAUUUCCAAUUUGAUCUAUCGGUUUUGCAACUAAAUUUAAUUGAAACUGUUCACGAUCCAAAUGUGUCCAGUUAAUCAUUAUAUAGAAUUUUGAAUAGCGUUUUAGAAAAGCACGCCCCUUACAAGCAAUAGAAAAUAAAAAGCACACAUAUGCCAAAAUUGAUAAACAAUGAAGUUAUUAAAAGAAUGCGCGAUAGAGAUCACUUCCGCAAAAUUUAAGACUGGUACAAUUAUAACUGUUACGAAAUAAAACUACUGCAUUAAUUAGCAAAAGCAAGAAAGAAUAUUUCAACAAUGCUGUUAAAAAUUGUACUAGUACGGCACAUAUUUAGAAAAAAAUGAAAAUGAUAUCUAAUAAUGACAAUGAUCAAAACUGCGGAGUGAAUUUGCCAAAUAAAAUUUUAGUGAACGGUGUGUAUGUUGAGGACAAAAGUAGGAUCCUAAUUGCCUUAAAUGAGCAUUUUACAAACAUAUCAAAUAUUGUUGAUAAGCUGAAAUUUCACGAAGAAAACUUUGCUUAUUUGAAGUUAUAUCUCGACAAAUCUUUAAAACAGCAUGAAUUUUCUAUAAAUUACAUUACCCCUCUCGAAGUAAGUAAAAUAAUUGGCAAUUUAAAGGUUAACAAGGCUACGGGAAUCGACGGGAUCGGUGCAGAUAUUAUAAAAUACUGUGGAGAGCAUAUUGUUGUACCAAUUACCUCAAUAAAUAAUAGUAUUCGUACAGGAAUUUUUCCCGAUUUGGUAAAAAAAGCAUAUGUUCUACCAAUAUAUAAAGGCUCAGACAGAGAGGACUGUAAUAACUAUCGUCCGAUUUCAAUUUUGCCAACUAUAUCCAAAAUAUUCGAAAGACAUCAUUCAAAUGAAUUAAAAGAAUUCUUUUGUAAAACAAAUGUGUUAAAUAAACAUCAGUCAGGGUUUAGAGAAAAUCAUUCUUGCCAAACAGCACUAAUUCGAGUCAUUGAUGAGUGGUUAAAAGAUAUAUAUCACGGUAAUUGUAUUGGUUCUGUUUUUAUUGACAUGACAAAAGCUUUUGAUUAAGUAGAUCAUGAAGUUCUGUUAUACAAACUAAAACUUCAUCACUUUUCGGAUGGUACCUUGUCCCUUUUUCAUUCUUAUCUUAGUCAAAGACAACAAUGCGUUUAACUGGGAACUAAUUUAUCUACCCCUCUUUCUAUUAAGAGUGGUGUCCCUCAAUGUUCUAUUUUGGGCCCUCUCUUGUUUCUAAUUUAUAUAAAUGAUAUUAGGUUAUUACUAAACCAAUCAAACAUAGACUAGUAUGCUGAUGACUCAACACGUUAUGCUACAGGGGCCAAUCCUUCAAAAAUUCAGACUAACUCACAAAAUGAUAUUUAUUCCAUACAAAAAUGGUGCACCCUCAAUAACAUGGUGAUAAACCCUAAUUAAUCAAAAUGCAUGCUUAUUGGCUCGAAACAAAAAAAUAAAAAUAUCAACCUUGAUCUAAAAAUAAAUAAUAAUGCUAUUGCAACUGUCACUAGCCAUAAUAUCUUAGGACGUUAUAUAGACAAACAUCUGCAAUGGAAAGUACACAUUGAUAAAACAUGCUCUAAAAUAAGCAGUAAAAUAACUCUGCUAAAAAAUAUCAAAUUAUCUCACUUUUGAUAUGAAGAAAUUAUUUUAUAAUUCAUUUAUUCUAACCACUAUCGAUUACUGUUGUACGAUCUGGGGCAAUGCUAACAAAACCAAUUUAACACAAGUGAGUGUUUUACAAAAACGCGCAGCGAAUAUCAUUAUACAAAAGCCAAAUAAAACACCAUCGAAAGAAUUGUUUUUACAUCUGAAUUGGCUCUCGUUUAAUAAUAGAUGUAAAUACCACACGGCAAUCUUUAUAUAUAAAUGUGUCAACAAUCAGACUCCAGAAUAUUUAUCUGAUAUAAUACAUUUUUCUCGAAAUCAUAAAUAUAACUUAAGAUCUGCCACCCAUAACGAUAUUGUUAAUACCAAAGCGAAUACAGAUUAUAAGAAACGAGCUUUUUCAUACCAUAGCAUGGAUAUUUGUAACAGUAUACCAAUUGGAAUAAGAAUGGCAUGCUCUAUCUCUGCUUUUAAAAGGCAAUAUAAAACACAUUUAUUUUCUAAUCAAUGAUAUGUCAUAUUAUUUUCUAUUCAAUGAUAUUUCAUGUGUGUCUGUCUAAAAGGCAAAAUGUAUGUUAUGUAUGGGUGUAAGAAAUAUUGUUUGAGUAUUUUACUUGUUAUAGACCUAUAUAUUGUAUGUUAUUUUAAGAAGGCCACAUUGUAAAACAGUAUUGAUUCAUCUGCAUAAUAUGUAUAAUGUGUCAUUGUCUUUAUGUGCAACCUUCUGAAAAUAAAGUUUUUAUUAUUAUUAUUAUUAUAUCAUUAUUAUAAUUAUAUGCAUUUAAUAUGUGAUCACUUCGAGGUCACCAUGGCCGUCUUAUUUGAGCUGACCUGCAGUACAUUAGCGUACCCAAAACAAUUACUAUUUCUUUAACAGUAUAU